AGAACACAUAUAAUAUAUACUAUAAUAAUUUUUAAACGAUCAGUACGAAAGGAACGAUCAUUCCGACAACAUCGUUCGUACGCACUUUCCAAGCUUUUUUUCCCGAUCGUGAGAAUGCUCAACAACGCGGAUAUUAUAAAUUAUCUUAUGGAACAGGACGAUCGCGAUGAACAAAGCACGAAGAAGAAAAAAACAGUCGACGAGUCAACUGAUGCGAAUCCAGAUAAAGAUAACAUAUCAAAUAGACAUCAAAUCGCACACCGUCCUACCGUACGCAUUCUCGAGAGAAGAUAUCCGUUAACUGCAACUGGCUACAAAUACUUGAACAUUGGUAUCAAUGUCACACUCCCUUCUUAUUAUCAUUUUGGGAGAGUGUCACGUAUGGCGGACCGUGCGAACAUUGACAACGUAGUCAAUUAUAUUAGAAACGUGGACACGGAACAAUUCGAAAAUAUUAUAGACGAAAUGUUCGAGGAAAUUGAUUUUGACGUAGAUGAAAAUUCCAACGAUUCCGAUUACGUUAGUGAUUUUAGCGAACACGAUCUUUGA